AGUGAAAAAGGCGAGCCACCAAAACCCAUCUCCAGUCUCCUCCCGGGGGCCCCCAGCCCGCCACUGUGCCACUUUGCAUCCCACGCCAGAGGAGACAUUAAGGAGACCCGGUAAGGCUUUUUAAUCAGUCUGCUGUGUAAAGACAUACUUCAAGAGGAUCCUUAGAAGUCUUGGACAAACUUACCCUUAUGUGGCAGGUGCUAUGCUGGCCCCGGGUGACCCAAAGAUGAUGACAAAUAUGUUCCUGUCCACAAGGAGCUAGCGAUCCACUGGGUAUUCCUCUUGCUGAUGACACAAUUCCUGUGUGAAUCUGUUUACAAGAUUCUGAAAACUGAACAGAGAAUUUUGGCACUGCACUGGGUAGGAAAAAGGAUGUCUUCCAAGCGACCAGCCUCUCCGUAUGGGGAAGCAGAUGGAGAGGUAGCCAUGGUGACAAGCAGACAGAAAGUGGAAGAAGAGGAGAGUGACGGGCUCCCAGCCUUUCACCUUCCCUUGCAUGUGAGUUUUCCCAACAAGCCUCACUCUGAGGAAUUUCAGCCGGUUUCUCUGUUGACGCAAGAGACUUGUGGCCAUAGGACUCCCACUUCUCAGCACAAUACAAUGGAAGUUGAUGGCAAUAAAGUUAUGUCUUCAUUUGCCCCACACAACUCAUCUACCUCACCUCAGAAGGCAGAAGAAGGUGGGAGGCAGAGUGGUGAGUCCUUGUCCAGCACGGCCCUAGGAACUCCCGAACGGCGCAAAGGCAGCUUAGCUGAUGUUGUUGACACCUUGAAGCAGAGGAAAAUGGAAGAGCUCAUCAAAAAUGAGCCAGAAGAAACCCCCAGUAUUGAAAAGCUACUCUCAAAGGACUGGAAAGACAAACUUCUUGCAAUGGGAUCAGGGAACUUUGGUGAAAUAAAAGGGACUCCCGAAAGCCUAGCUGAAAAGGAGAGGCAGCUCAUGGGUAUGAUCAAUCAGCUGACCAGUCUGCGAGAGCAGCUCCUGGCUGCCCACGAUGAGCAGAAGAAACUGGCUGCAUCUCAGAUUGAGAAACAGCGCCAGCAAAUGGAGUUGGCCAAACAGCAACAAGAACAGAUUGCAAGACAACAGCAGCAGCUUCUGCAGCAACAACACAAAAUCAAUUUGCUUCAGCAACAGAUCCAGGUCCAAGGUCAACUGCCGCCAUUAAUGAUUCCCGUGUUCCCUCCUGAUCAACGGACACUGGCUGCAGCUGCUCAGCAAGGGUUCCUCCUUCCUCCAGGCUUCAGCUAUAAGGCUGGAUGUAGUGACCCUUACCCUGUUCAGCUGAUCCCAACUACCAUGGCAGCUGCUGCCGCGGCAACACCAGGCUUAGGCCCGCUCCAACUGCAGCAGUUGUAUGCUGCCCAGCUAGCUGCAAUGCAGGUAUCUCCAGGAGGAAAGCUCCCAGGCAUACCCCAAGGCAACCUCGGUGCUGCUGUAUCUCCUACCAGCAUUCACACAGACAAGAGCACAAACAGCCCACCACCCAAAAGCAAGGAUGAAGUGGCACAGCCACUGAACCUAUCAGCUAAACCCAAGACCUCUGAUGGCAAAUCACCCACAUCACCCACCUCUCCCCAUAUGCCAGCUCUGAGAAUAAACAGUGGGGCAGGCCCCCUCAAAGCCUCUGUCCCAGCAGCAUUAGCUAGUCCUUCAGCCAGAGUUAGCACAAUAGGUUAUUUAAAUGACCAUGAUGCUGUCACCAAGGCAAUCCAAGAGGCUCGGCAGAUGAAGGAGCAGCUUCGGCGGGAGCAGCAGGUCCUUGACGGGAAGGUGGCUGUUGUGAAUAGUCUGGGUCUCAAUAACUGUCGGACAGAAAAGGAAAAAACAACACUGGAGAGUCUGACUCAGCAACUGGCAGUUAAGCAGAAUGAAGAAGGAAAAUUUAGCCAUGCCAUGAUGGAUUUCAAUAUGAGUGGAGAUUCUGAUGGAAGUGCUGGAGUCUCAGAAUCAAGAAUUUAUAGAGAAUCCAGAGGGCGUGGUAGCAAUGAACCCCACAUAAAACGUCCAAUGAAUGCCUUCAUGGUGUGGGCUAAAGAUGAACGAAGGAAAAUCCUUCAAGCCUUUCCCGACAUGCACAACUCCAACAUCAGCAAGAUAUUGGGAUCUCGCUGGAAAGCUAUGACGAACCUAGAGAAACAGCCGUAUUACGAGGAGCAAGCCCGCCUCAGCAAGCAGCACCUGGAGAAGUACCCCGACUACAAAUACAAGCCCCGGCCGAAGCGCACCUGCCUCGUGGAUGGCAAAAAGCUGCGCAUUGGUGAAUACAAGGCAAUCAUGCGGAACAGGCGGCAGGAAAUGCGACAAUACUUCAAUGUUGGGCAACAAGCACAGAUCCCCAUCGCCACAGCUGGUGUUGUGUACCCUGGAGCCAUCGCCAUGGCCGGAAUGCCCUCCCCUCACCUGCCCUCGGAGCACUCAAGCGUGUCCAGCAGCCCAGAGCCUGGGAUGCCCGUUAUCCAGAGCACUUACGGCGUGAAAGGAGAGGAGCCACAUAUCAAAGAAGAGAUCCAGGCUGAGGACAUCAACGGAGAAAUUUAUGAUGAGUUCGAUGAGGAAGAGGACGAUCCCGAUGUAGAUUAUGGGAGUGACAGUGAAAACCAUAUUGCAGGACAAGCCAACUGAUAAGGGUCAAAAGAUUGUUGUGACCUUAGGACUUAAAGAAGCCCUAGCUGGUUCAUCCUUACCAGUGGCCAAGCACAUUAACUUUCUCAUACACUGACUGUUACUUUAACUGUUAGUCUUAAAUAGUUGGGACAUCAGCUGACUAAUAGACCUCAGCCUCAAAAGGCUUGGAAAGGAAAAAAAAAAUACAAGCAAACAACAAUAUCAACAACAAGAGAUUGAAAUAAGCUAUGGGUAAAAUAAUGCCAGUAAUUCAGCUGCUACAUCCAAGCACUGAAGUCUUACCCGUCAACUUUUUUUUUUUUAAUAAACUUUAUGGCUGUUUGUUCUACAAUGUUCUAGAAAUUCUCACUCAGGUACACAGUGCCAACAAGUGGCUUGUGAAUGUGUUUUGUUGUUUUGUGCUACAAUUUUUAAAAAGAAAUAAGUUUUGUUUUGUUUUGGGGGGUUUCUGGGUUUUUUUCCUUUUCUUUUUCUUUCCUUUCCUUUUUUUUUUUUUUUGUAAUGCACCUGACAGAAAAAAAGAAAGAUGAAUUUCUCUUUAUUUCUCUCCACCUUCUCCAUCUCUAUACUUUAAAGAUGGAAGUCUGUGCAUGGGGGGAAGAGGGAAAAAGAGCCUGUUUUUAACUUCCUUGCUAUCCACCACAAAAUAAGCAAUUGUUUUCUUUAGAGGACUUUCUUUAUCUAUUGCACACCACACUACAUCUUUGAGCAAGUGCCAAAUUUGUACUGAAGUGUUGACCCAGUUCCUUUUCUUUUUUUUUUUCCUUUCCUUUUUCCUGUUCCUUCUUAAGUUAGGACAGUGUUAUAUCUUAGACAAUCCCUUGAAAAACCUGAAAUACCAGCAGCUGGUGAGAUUUGACUUUUUUUUUUUUAAAUGGAAACUGUAGGUGCUGUUCUCAGGUGAAAAGAGAGAGAGAGAGAGACAUAAGAAAUUUAGAGAAAAAAUAUUUUCUGAUCUUGGAUUUUUGUGUGUAUGUAUGUGUGUGAUUAUGGUACUAAUAGGAAUAACAUUGAACCAUUGUGAGUUAAACCCACAUCUGGGGAUGAAAUCCCACAUCCUCCUAAGUGACUGGUCUGGAAGCAACCUUGACCUUGACUUUGCACUUCAAAUGACAACCAAGAUAGGGCUCAGAAAUUAUAUUUUUAAAUUUCUAAUACGAUUAUUAUUGGAUGGAUCAGGCAGCCCUGUGUAAUCGAGGUGUGCGUAUAUAACAUGGAAGCUACUAGCAAACUGUUCCCAGAUGUCCCUUCUUCCUGGUCAGUUUGUUCCACUAAUGUUUGCUACUUAAUGAUUUGUUUGUUUUCUGAUUGAUAACUUCGAGCAAAACAAUCAUUGUUUUCUUUGACUGUAUUUGGCCAUUUUCCAGAAACACAGAAUUAGCUUAUUUCUUCAACAUUCCAUCCUUUCCUGAUUAGGAAAUGGAACUGAUGAUUUUAUAAGGUAUUUUUCAUCUCUCCAUGAAAUGAGGCAGAGGCCAUUUGCAUUUCACAAUUGUGGGCCAUGUGCAUCCCAUACCAUAAAAAGCAGGAUUUGAUUAAAAGUCAUUGCAGCCUGACAAAAUGGAGCCUGGCUGAACCCAGUGAUCCUCGCCACCACUCUUCCCUCGCCGUAAGAUGAAUCCACUGAAGUCCAAUUUGGGGUUCCAGCAGAGUAUGUGCAUAGAGCAACAACUGAUGGUGACAGAACUGCUUAUUUAGAUUUUGCCAGCCAAAUGCCAAGGCAGUUAUAGGGCUUGUACAAAUAAAUGCAAAAUCAUUUAAAGUCAAUUGCCAUUAUUUGUGCUGAAGCAUCAGACAAUAAAUACUCCAACCAGUAGCUUGGAUGUGCUAUGGUUUUCACUCCAGUCAUCAUUUUCCUAUCCCACCCCUCAAACCUGACCCAGAAGUUUGAUUUUUACAUAUAAAUAAGAAAAAAACUCCUUUU